UGUAGCUAGCUCCUUUGUUUGGUCUACAGCGUCACGGGUCAUGUAAACACAAUGCCGCGGGGCUUUAAAUCCAGUAAGGUGUGGGAUCAUGUGACGAAACUGCCGCUUGAUACUGCGAAGUGUAACCUGUGCAGGAAAGUGAUCAAGUGCACUGGGGUAACAUCGAACAUAGCGAGGCUCAGGCACUUGAGGCAAAACCACAAAAUAGAAACUACUCCACAUGCAGCCUCAGCUACAUUGGCGGCGAUGUUUGGCGAGCAAAAUAACAACGAUCGAGGUUUGUAUAAAGGAGCACCUGGCCCAGAGACGGAGACAUGCGCCAGCUAUAGUUCUCCUAACAGGAAAAAGAAAAUGAGCCAAAACCUGUCCGCGUGCUGUUUGUCCCUGCUGGUCCUGCUUCACUGUGCAGGGGCAGACCCCCCCUCUGACCUGCAGACUCUGGAUCAGCUGUUCGUAGAGCAGCUCAGCACCUCGGAGGAAGAGAGGGGGGGGCGAGAUGGGAGCUCAGACAAGGCUCUGUUCGGAGCUCCACAGCAGCACUGGAGGGGGCCCUCACACCUCAGCAACUCGGCUCUGGCUGAAGAAAGCAUCCUCGCGCGUCUAUUCAAGGAGCUCACGAGGACCUCCAAGCGCUCAUGGAGCCGGAACAAGAAGGGGGGGCUGCGGAGCUGCUUCGGGGUCCGGCUGGAGAGGAUCGGCUCCUUCAGCGGGCUGGGAUGCUAGACAGGCGCAGACCGGAUCGCGCUCUCCACUCCCCGAGGCUCCCUGUCCAUGGUGCUGAUGCGGAACUGAGACGUCUUUUCCUGUGUUAACUGUUGAAUAAUGAGUUAUUGAAAACUUAUUGAUUAUUUAUUAUUAACUUGUUGGAUACAUUAAUGUUGCCUUGUAAUAGUAUUGUAGUAAAACAAAUAUUUAGCAUAAUACCUGCGUGUGUGACUCUUCUUCUUGGGUGCUGUGUUAAAUUUAGAUUAUUAUUUCCCUAAGUGACACUACCAUUCUUAAUGCACGUAAAAUAAACGUUUUAAUUUGGAAUAAUUUAAUCAUUAAAAAUAUGUUUUUUAUGUUGUCGUCAGCAGGGAGUCAUCUGAACAGUUUGGUGUUUGAAAAUAAACGGGGAUCGGUUGUUGUAGCACAUUGGAUACAGCAGACAGCCUGGAUGGGCAUAACGAAUCUUAAAUAAUAUAAGAUUGGGCACGGAGAAUAAAUAGCUUAUGGGAGUUUUACAGUGUCUGAAAAAACCUCCCCUAAUACAACAUGACUAAAUUGAGAUGUCAGUCGCAUCGCCACAGCCUGUUUCAAGCCUGAAUACCAAAGUCAUAUUGCAGAUAUAUGAUGUGAGCUACAUGUAAUUAACUGCAGUUUGGCAUUGAUUGAUUUUUGACAGCAGAGCGGAGUGCCCAACGUCUAUUGUUAGUUGGCAUGAUGCAUGUGCAAUACUGACAAUUAUAUUGUACACUCAAACUGUUUGAAAUCACAAAUAAUGUUGAGUGAAAAUGAAAUAAUUUCACACUGUAAUAGCAUCAAAUGAAUUGCAGAGAGAAAUAGAUUCAGACACAGUGUUAACACACUAAAAUGACACAUAAAGCACACUAAUAUAAACUGACAUUCAAAGAGCAAAACCUCAGCUCCAAUAUCCAAAACUCUAAACACAUUUUCAACUCUGCACCGAAUUUGCAAUUCAACCUGGCACGUUUUGCAAGACGCUGCACAUCGUUCUCUCAGUAAGACACAGAAAUCUGAUAGAUUCACUUUGUUUGCCAUUUCCAAAACACUGCCAUUAAAAAUGCUACUGUGAGAAUAAUCAAUAUAUCAAAUGUCACUAUGUGCUUAAU